AUGGGUAUUAUCAAGGCAUUGUCACGAAAAUUGAGCGGCACUCGCGCCGACAGUGGUGUGCGGAGUAGCGAGAGGCCGUCGUUGCCGGGAGAUCGCAAUGGCCUGCAGGGGAUGAACAGUCGGGGUCAGAUGCAAAACGGUCAGAUGCAAAAUGGUCAGAUGCAAAACAGCCAGAUGCAAACCGGCAUGUCGAAUGGACACCUUGCAGUCCAAAAUGGAGCAAAUCAGUCGACCACCACAGAGCUCGUACGUCCGCAGUACUCGACACAACCAAGCACGGCCAGCUCCAACCAAGACUACGCGAAUCUCCCUUCGCAGCUAUGCGACGUCGUCAUCCACUGCGCAACGGUUCUGCCUCGAACCAACUCCAACACAUCUUCCGUACAAUCGAGCGGCAUCCCGCCGGGUGGACAACACAUCGACUUCAGGAAUGGUGGGAAUCAGAACGGCUCGUUUCAAGGGAACAACCAGCGAGAUACCAUCAUGCCGUUACACAGCGAACAGAACGGAUACCAAGCAGGAAGACUAUACAAGCAGCCCAGCGUUGAAAGUUCCCUGCACAGUUCCCGUCCCAACACCGGCAACGGCCAUCCAGAUGUGUACCGCGGCCCCUGUUCUUGCGGAGGUACUCCCCUGGGUCAAGACUCACGAUGGGACUCAUCGCAAGACAGCUACAACAACGGCAACAAUAACCGUCACACCAUGAACGUCGGUCAAAGUCACGCCGGUGCGUUCAACAACAACAACAACAACAACCAACAGAACGGCUGGAAUCAGAGUGGACCACCGACAGACUCAAGUCAGAGCAAGCAACGGAAUACUUACGGCAUGGAGCGCGGUGCAUACGACGAGGGCUAUCGCGAUGCCAUGAAAUCACUGCAGGAACGACUACAAUGA